UGAAAUGUGGGGCUGCAGGUCGAGGCAGACUUACAGUCGAUUGCGUCCAUAUUAGGCGACCAGCAGAGGGGUAGAAAAAAUGACUCCACCUUUCUUUCCAGCAGCAGCUCCAUCAAAGGGCUGGCUCAUGAGGAGGAAGAUUUAAGCGGAGAGGAAGAGGAAGAGGAAGCGGAGCUAACUUCGCGCAGACAGACACGCCCUGAGUCACAUUAUCCGCUGCUUUCGACUGUUCAACUCAGCGCAAAUAAUUGGGUCGUAACAAAACAAGCCGGUAACCAUGCUUCAAGGGAUCAAGGAGAUUGGCUCACACGCCAUGGAUAUCUAUGACUACCUCCUGGCAGGAUUUGAUCCGCGGCUGAAGGAAUACCCAAUGAUGCAGAAUCCCAUUUCCAUGACUGCGACAUUGCUGUGCUACCUGUUCUUCGUGCUUUACCUGGGACCUCGCCUCAUGGCCAAUCGCAAGCCCUUCCAGCUGAAGGAGGCCAUGAUAGUGUACAACUUCCUGCUAGUGGGGCUGUCGAUAUUCAUCGUCUAUGAGUUCCUGAUGUCCGGCUGGGCUACAACAUACACUUGGAGGUGCGACCCAAUUGAUACCUCAAACAGUCCUGAAGCUCUUCGGAUGGUUCGAGUGGCCUGGCUGUUCUGGUUCUCUAAGAUCAUUGAGCUCAUGGACACAAUCUUCUUUGUGUUGAGGAAAAAGCAUGGCCAGAUCACAUUCCUGCACAUCUUCCACCACUCCUUCAUGCCCUGGACAUGGUGGUGGGGAAUCUGCUACGCACCCGGUGGAAUGGGAUCCUUCCACGCAAUGGUGAAUUCUACCGUCCACAUCAUCAUGUAUUUCUACUACGGCCUCGCAGCUGCUGGACCUCGCUUCCAGAAGUUUUUGUGGUGGAAGAAAUACAUGACAGCCAUUCAGCUCAUCCAGUUUGUGCUGGUGUCUCUCCACGCCACCCAGUAUUACUUCAUGAACAGCUGCGACUACCAGUUCCCCAUGAUCCUCCACCUCAUUUGGAUGUACGGAACCUUCUUCUUCGUGCUCUUCUCCAACUUCUGGGUGCAGGCGUACGUGAGGGGCAAGCGGCUGCCCAAACAGGACCUCAAGCAGAGUCAGAACGGCUCGGCCGUGCACACCAACGGCAAGUGCCACGAGAACGGCAACAGCAUUAGCUACGGCGGCACCAGCAACGGCUCAACCCACCACGAGAACAGCAGCACUCACACGGGCAAGAUGAAGAAGGCCUAAAAGAUCUUGGGAAGAAAACUCCCAAGAAGUAUGAUCCACAAACCUGUUGUUGAAACUACCACACAUUCCAAAGAUAAUGUCGGCGUUCUUUGCCUGUUUUUAGUUUUAUAUGCAAAACUUGGGCAAAAGACCGGGUCAAUGAUUUCCACAGUUGGGGUCCCACGUUAUGGUUUGUUUAGUUUCUUUGAGUUAGUGAACCAUCUUUGGGACACAAUGUAUGAAGAGAAGAUGUUGUUAAGCUAAAUGUUGUGUUCAACCUCCUUGUUCAGCGUCACAACCGGUUGCUUCUCACCCCACUCGCCUUCACUACUUAUCUGACACCUCUGUGACCCCCCCCUCCCCCCUCCCCCCUGUGGACAGAUGACUGUACAGUUUCUAUCAAACUUGAACAUACUUUUUGUAAAUAGUUUUACAACAAAAAAAAAAACACGAACUAAUUGUAUUGGUAUGCUUUAGACUUUCUAAAUUUUGUUACCUUGUCUAUUUAAAAUAGAAAUGCCAAUAAAUUUAAUUUUAAAUAAUCUCGUUGUACAGAACUUUCACUGCUCGUGUAACUUUCUGGAAACAUUCUCAGUUUGAGGACACUUGUGUUCCAGCAAAGAAUACAAAACAAAUGUGUAUGUGUCGCUUUCUUGUGCUAAUUGUCUUUGCUAUCUCAAGUAUGUGGAGGGAGUAGGAGGUGGAACAAGAGAGCCAUUCUGCUUUGUUUGAAAAGAUCCAUCGGAAGAGGCAGAGAGAGAAAGUAUCCUCAGACUGACAGAUGCAGCGGGUUCAUCUGGGAAAGAGCAUGAGUCAUAUUUCAGUAUUACUCUGUAAAACCAGCUGCUUAUAUUCAUUCACUGUGGUUGUACUGUAAUGUAUAUAAGCUAAAUAAACCACUCAUCCACAAUGUAAAAUAA